CCUGGAUUUUUCUUUUCUCAUUUGCCCUAAUUGCCUCAAAAUCCGCCAUUGGAUAUUCUCUAUUCAAAUUCUGAACCUUCUCAGAGAGAUACUCUCUUUGUUUUGAUCAGUAUUUCUGGUAUCCAAACAACUUCCUCUCUCGACUUUCGUCACUUUCAUGGUGGUUUUCUGGUUUUAAUACUGACUGCCGCUACUGCCAUCACUGUCAGUAACGAACUCUAUCAACUACUUUACAUAGUGAAUAUCAUAUCAUAUUCAUCACUGUAUAACAAACCAAAAAAAGUUCACUCGGUAUUUGAUUUCAUUUUUUCUUGUUCGUUGUUUGAUUUCAUUUUUUCAAAUAUUUGUUGUUUAUUUUUGAUGAAAUGGUAAUAGUAUCGAUGAAUUAGUGAAGUUAGGGGGAUUUGGUAUUUGAGAAAUUUGUUAUCUAGAUAGAGGAAGAUGGAUAUAGCUGCAUGUAGUUUCGGGCAACCUUAUUUGUGUAUUGAUAAGUCAAUUACAUGGAAAUCUAAUUUUACAAAUAGUUCACGACUGAGAUUUCGAUGUAAGAGUUUUGAUUAUGGUUGUAUUGGAAAAUCGAGAAUGUGUUUAGAUUCUUCUUUGAAGAAGAAGAUAAGUAAUAAAUCUAUAGUUCGAGAUAAUAGUUUGUUAUGGGCAAAGCCUUUAAGGAAUGGGAAUUCGAGUAAUGUGGUGAAGAUGUCAAGGAAUUUAUUAGGGCGGAUUCAGUGUGAUAGUAGUGAUUCUUUAGCUUUUGUUGAUGGGGAUGAGUUAACUGGGAAUGAUAGUGAUGAGAAGGAGAAGGGGAACUCGGGUGACGAAAGUUUUAUAAGUGCAUCUAUUUCUGAUGGAGAUUUAGAUAGUUCUGUAGAAGGGGAUAAAACUAGUUUGGAGGACCUGAGAGACUUGUUGCAGAAGGCGAUAAAGGAAUUGGGAAUUGCUGAAAGGAAUAGUAGGAUGUUUGAGGAGAAGGCUCAAAAGAUAUCAGAAGCUGCCAUUGCUUUGAAAGAUGAAGCUGCAAAUGCUUGGACUGAUGUAACAUCAGCACUUAAUGCGAUUCAAAAUGUUGUUGCGGAAGAAAAUGUAGCCAAAGAAGCUGUACAGAAAGCAACUAUGGCGGUAUCGAUGGCUGAAGCAAGACUCGAGUUGGCUCUUGAAGCUUUAGAUAACAAAAAAAGAACAGUAGUUUCUCCAACAUCUUCUGUAGAGAGCAACGAGGGAGAUGAAAGAACGAUUGAGGGUUUUGACCCGUUUGAAGAUGAGGAGGAAGAAGUUUUACUUGCUCAGGAUGAGAUUAAGGACUCUCGUGUUACUUUGUUGAAAUCUGAAACAGAGUUGCGGCGGGUGCUGAGCCUUAAGGAAGGGUUGCAAAAUGAGGUAGAUAAGUUGACUGAGAUUGCAGAGAAAGCACAAAUGAGCUCUUUGAAAGCUGAGGAGGAUGUCGGAAACGUAAUGCUUCUUGCUGAACAGGCUGUUGCUUUUGAACUUGAAGCUGCACAACAUGUUAAUGAUGCGGAAAUUGCUUUACAGAGAGCAGAGAAAGUUUUUUCAGGCUCAAACGGGGAUAUAUUGGACUCUUCAAAACUUGUACCAUCUUCUCAAGAACCGAGUUUAAAGGACGAAGUGAUUGAUGAGAUAAUUAAGGUGAGUGGGGAAGUCAUUACUAGCGAUGUUAGUGUUGAUAAAGAAAUUGAAGGAGGAUUGAGUAGUGAUAUGCCAUUGGGAGCUCUUAUGUCAUUGGAUCACGUAUCCGAUGUAUCUGCGCAGACUUUUGAAGAGUCAAAUAUUUCUGAUGAUUUGCCUGGCCAAGAGAAUGGGAAAAUAAAGGUUGUUGAAUCUCGUAAAGAAGUUGAAGUUGAUAUGGAACCUGAAGCGGAGAAGUCAAAGAAUGUAGUGCAGUCGAAGAAGCAGGAAUCUCAGAAGGAUUUCUCUAAAGACACUUCUGCACCUCCUAGUACCCCAAAAGCAAACAAAUCUUCUCGUUUCUUUUCUGCAUCAUUUUUCUCUUUCCCAGCAGAUGGGGCUGAAGCUACGCCAGCUUCAGCUUUUCAAGGUUUUGUUAUGACUGCUAGGCAACAUCUGCCAAAGAUAGUCGUUGGGGCAUUGCUUCUUGGAACAGGGUUCACCUUUUUUCUAAAUCGUGCGGAAAGGAAUUCCUUGCUUCUUCAACAACCAGAUGUCAUAACUAUGGGUAUCGAGGAAGUAUCCUCAAAUGCAAAACCUUUCAUCCGUGAAAUAAAGAGAUUCCCCAAGAGAGUAAAGAAGUUAAUUGACAUGAUACCUCAUCAGGAGGUAAAUGAAGAGGAGACUUCUCUCUUUGACAUGCUGUGGUUACUUCUGGCAAGUGUUAUAUUUGUGCCAACAUUUCAAAAAAUACCCGGGGGUAGUCCUGUUCUCGGUUACUUAGCUGCUGGUAUUUUGAUUGGGCCCUAUGGCCUAUCAAUCAUUCGUCAUGUACAUGGAACAAAAGCUAUUGCUGAAUUUGGUGUUGUUUUCUUGCUGUUCAAUAUUGGUCUUGAGCUCUCAGUGGAAAGGUUAAGUUCUAUGAAGAAGUAUGUUUUUGGAUUAGGCUCUGUGCAGGUUCUUCUGACUGCAGUAGUUAUUGGCUUGGUUACUCAUUUUAUUGGGGGUCAGGCUGGUCCUGCAGCAAUUGUCAUUGGGAAUGGCCUCGCAUUAUCUUCAACUGCUGUUGUCCUUCAGGUGUUGCAGGAACGUGGAGAGAGCACAUCGCGCCAUGGACGUGCUACGUUUUCUGUUUUACUUUUUCAGGACUUGGCUGUCGUUGUUUUGCUCAUAUUGAUACCUCUGAUUUCACCAAAUUCUUCCAAAGGAGGGGUUGGAUUUCAAGCCAUAGCUGAAGCUCUUGGUGUAGCUGCUGUUAAGGCUGUAGUUGCUAUAACAGCCAUCAUUGCCGGAGGCCGCUUGUUGCUUCGACCGAUUUAUAGGCAAAUUGCAGAGAACCAAAAUGCUGAAAUAUUUUCGGCAAAUACUCUUCUUGUCAUUCUUGGGACGAGUCUGCUUACAGCAAGGGCUGGCCUUUCUAUGGCACUGGGGGCUUUUUUGGCUGGCUUGCUCCUAGCAGAAACUGAAUUCUCGUUACAGGUUGAGUCGGACAUUGCUCCUUACCGUGGCCUUCUUUUGGGUCUCUUUUUUAUGACGGUUGGGAUGUCUAUCGAUCCAAAACUUCUUCUUUCAAACUUUCCAGUUGUUAUGGGGGCAUUGGGCCUCUUACUGGGUGGUAAAAUUAUAUUGGUUGCGCUUAUUGGUAGGCUUUUCGGUAUUUCAAUAAUUGCUGCAAUAAGAGUUGGUCUUCUCCUUGCACCUGGCGGGGAAUUUGCAUUUGUGGCAUUUGGAGAGGCUGUUAAUCAGGGUAUUAUGUCUCCUCAACUCUCAUCUCUGCUCUUUUUGGUAGUGGGUAUCUCUAUGGCACUCACGCCUUAUCUAGCAGCCGGGGGCCAAUUACUUGCAUCACGGUUUGAACAGCAUGACAUGCGUAGUUUGUUGCCAGUUGAGAGUGAGACAGAUGAUUUACAAGGCCAUAUCAUAAUUUGUGGAUUUGGACGCGUCGGUCAGAUCAUUGCCCAGCUACUUUCCGAACGCCUAAUUCCAUUUGUUGCCCUUGACGUUAGGAGCGAACGUGUUGCCAUUGGACGUGCCCUUGACCUUCCUGUAUUUUUUGGAGAUGCAGGCAGUCGUGAGGUUCUUCACAAAGUCGGUGCUGAAAGGGCUUGUGCAGCUGCAGUAACUUUGGACACCCCAGGUGCAAAUUAUAGAACUGUUUGGGCUUUGAACAAGUACUACCCUAAUGUGAAGACUUUUGUCCGUGCCCAUGAUGUUGAUCAUGGUAUUAAUCUGGAGAAGGCGGGUGCAACAGCGGUUGUCCCAGAGACUUUGGAGCCAAGUCUCCAGUUAGCUGCUGCUGUUCUGGCACAGGCUAAGUUGCCUACGGCAGAAAUUGCAGCAACUAUCAAUGAGUUCAGGAGUCGUCACCUCUCUGAGCUUACCGAGCUAUGUGAAGCUAGCGGAAGCUCUCUCGGUUAUGGUUUCUCAAGGGUAAUGUCUAAACCCAAGAUUCCGAUCUUGGAUUCUCCAGAAGAUAACAGCUUAGGCGAAGGAACCCUUGCAAUAUAAUCUAAAUCAUCUACGAUGAUAUACAAAGAUGAUAAAGAGACAAGAGGAACUUAAAAAGGAAUUUUGUACAUCUGGUUAUUUCUUUCACUGGCAUAAAGUUGUACAGGAAUGUAUUUCUGAAAAUACUUUAAAUACAUUUUGUUGUCAGUUUCUUUUUACAUUUCAAAGGAAAAAAGAUCGAUCCAUGAAAUAUUUAAAUUGGAUCGACGUUCCUGCAGGUGUAUUUGAAACAGAUGGUAGCUGGUCUGUUUAGCUAGACUAGAGAUAGAAAGAGGGCAGUUGGCACUGUAAUGGAUUAGUUGAUCAAUUUCUGUUUCUUAAACCAUGAAAUGCAAAAAUGUCCAAUUGUCAAUGAAUAAAAUCAGCUUAUUCAAUUACA